AUGAAAAAAGAGAGUGAAUGUGUGAAAGUUGUGGUUAGAGUGAGGCCCUUUAAUUAAAGGGAAAAGGAAAAUAAUAGUAAACCUUGUGUAAAUGUUGAUGAAAAAUAAAAUGUAGUUGAACUGCUAAAGGUUUUAUAAAAAAGAUAAUAAAUAGCCUGUCGAUAAUGAAUCGAAAUAGUUUUCAUAUGACUAUGUUUUUGGAAUGAAUGCUAAAUAAUCUUACAUUUACGAAAAGACAGCAUUCAAUUUAGUAGAAUCUGUGAUUGAUGGCUAUAAUGGGACAAUAUUCGCAUAUGGUUAAACAGGUAUUGUGUUUAGUAAUUUAAGGAUGCGGAAAGACAUUUACCAUGACUGGAGUUCCUGAAAAUGUAACUAUUUAAUUUUAAGCUUAUAGGAAGAACUUAAGGGCAUCAUCCCAAGAACAUUUACCCAAAUAUAAACAAUUAUUGACACAAAUACAGACACUAAGAAGAAAUUCUUGGUUAGAUGUUCUUUUCUAGAGAUAUAUAACGAGGAAAUUCGAGAUUUAUUGGGAAAAGAUCAUAAAGCUAGAUUAGAGUUAAAAGAAUCUUAAGGUUGUGUCUCAGCUAAGGACUUAACAAUGGUUACAGUAAAAACUGCUUAAGAAAUGGAUAAAUAUAUGUCACUUGGUUAAAAUAAUAGAUCUGUUGGAGCCACAGCAAUGAAUGCAUAGUCAAGUAGAUCCCAUUGCAUUUUUACAGUGUAUGUGGAAAGUUAAAUAGUAGAUGCUAAAGGGAAUGAGUUUAUUAGAGUAGGAAAGCUUAAUUUAGUGGAUUUAGCUGGAAGUGAAAGAUAGUCAAAAACUUAAGCCACUGGAGACAGACUUAAGGAAGCAACAAAGAUAAAUUUAUCUCUAUCUGCUCUAGGCAAUGUGAUUUCAGCAUUAGUAGAUGGAAAAACUUAGCAUAUUCCUUAUAGAGAUUCCAAAUUAACUCGAUUAUUAUAAGACUCUUUGGGUGGUAAUACCAAAACAGUUAUGAUUACUGCUUUAAGCCCAGCUGAUUUUAAUUAUGAUGAAACUCUCUCUAGUUUAAGAUAUGCAUCAAGAGCUAAAAUGAUAAAGAAUCAACCAAAAAUCAACGAAGACCCAAAAGAUGCUUUGUUAAAAUAAUAAGCAGAUGAAAUAUAAAAACUAAAGGAAUAAUUAUCUAAAUUAAACAAGAAUGGAGGAGGAGGAGGAUCAGAAAAAGAUAUUUAAAAUAAUAGUAGUUAAAACUUUUAUGGGAAUCUGAAGAAAUAAUAAGAGAUCCUCGAAAUCGAAAAGAUUAAAUCUGACGAAGUUUAGAAAGAACUUGAAAAAUUGAAAUAAGAUAAUGAAAGAUUAAUUAAGGAAAGAAAGGAUAAGGAGGAAUAAAUGUCUAGAUAAAAAUAAAGAGAGCUUGAAUAAUUGAUAAAAGAUAAUGAAAACUUACAAAAGGAAAAAGAAAAAGUAUUAGAAUAAAUAGCAGAGAAGGAAUAAAAAGCUAUUGAAGAAUAAAAUCUAAGGUAGAAAUUAUAAGAGUUAAUGGCUGCAAAGGAGAAAAUGGUUGUGACAGGAGGAAAAGCAAGUGAAGAAGAGAAGAAAAAGUAUCGUUUAUAGCAAAAGAAGUUGAAAUAAUAAAGUCAAGAACAUGAAAAGUUAUUAGAAGAAAGAGAGAAAUAAAAGGAUGAAUUGUAUGACAUAGAAUAGAAAUAUUAAUCAGUUCAAGAAGAAAUUGAAGCAUUAAGGAAAAAAAAUUUAAGAUUGAGAAAAGUCUAUAAAGAAGCAAUGGUAGAAAUAAAAGAUAUUUAAAAAGAAAAUGAAUAAGAUAAGGAAGAAUUGCUUGAAAGUAUUAGAGCUUUAGAAAGAGAAAAUACAUUAUAUUUACGAAUUUUAUUAACCAUGUUUAAAGAGGAUGAAUUGUUAAGUCUCAAAGGAGAUUGUGUUUAUGAUGAAGAUAAGAAAGAUUAUAAAGUACCUCCUUUUGUCUUUAAAUAGAAUAAGGUAUCAUAUCCAUCUUUGCCAUAUAAAGAAGGUAUUAUUUGUUUUUAUUUAUUAAAUAGCCCAGGAGUAUAUUGAAGAGUUAAAAGAUUAAAGACAAUUAUAAAUUAAUCCUAAGUAGGAUAUGCUUGAAAUUCCUGCUAGAAACAAUAGUAAAAUGCGUUCUGAAGAAAUCUAAUAAAGAUCAAGUAGUCAAGGUUUUGAUAAAUAAAAUCGAUAAUAACAAAUGUUGAAACAACAGCAGCAAUAAGUUUAAGAAUUAGAAAAAAUGUAUCCAACUUCAUAAACACCUUAAUUAGAGAAAAAGUAAAAGGUUUAGCUAAGUCCAAUUGAAAAUAAUAAAUCUUCACGUCCCCCAUCAAAUCAACAAAAUGAUUAAAACAUUUUUAAAUAAUCUCCUUUGAAAAAAUAAUAAGAACUUCUAAUACCAUAAAAACCCAUAAGCAAAAUUCCUUUGGGAAAACUACCACCUGAUAUUGAAAGAAAGAAUCAUCAUUAAUGAGA